AUACAAAACGCCGCCGUACGUCAAGUCUCCUCCCUUGUCUGUAAAGUUGGGUGUGCGCACAAGAGCAGACAGUGGAGGCAGCAAUGCAUUCGAGUUCGGGUUACGGUAACGGCUACCACCAUCAGCAUCAACAACACGCUGACAAGCAUUUCGGUCCGAGUCUCAGGGACCGAGCUCGCAGGGGAACUCGUCGUGGUUCUGGUGCUAGGUCGCGUGACUCGAGGGACGGCCAUGGCCCCAGUGGCGGUGCUACUGUUGGCCUUAGGGUUUGUGAGCAGCAGAGACCCCCUACGGACUUCGACAUGGCCUACUUUCACUCCUACGCUCACGUUGGUAUCCACGAAGAAAUGAUCAAGGAUCGUGUGCGGACUGAAACCUACAGAGCUGCAAUCAUGCAGCAUCAGAGUUCUAUUGCAGGCAAAGUUGUAGUUGAUGUUGGGUGUGGCACGGGCAUUCUUUCUAUAUUCUGUGCUCAGGCUGGUGCAAAACGGGUGUAUGCAGUUGAUGCAAGUGAGAUUGCAGUGCAGGCAAAUGAAGUUGUGAAAGCGAAUAAUUUAUCUGAUAUUGUCAUCGUGUUGCAUGGACGGGUUGAGGAUGUUCAAAUAGAUGAGGAGGUUGAUGUUAUAAUUUCUGAGUGGAUGGGCUAUAUGCUUCUCUACGAGAGUAUGCUAGGAAGUGUGAUUACCGCCAGAGAUCGGUGGCUGAAGCCUGGAGGUCUUAUACUUCCUUCGAAUGCAACGUUGUACAUGGCGCCUAUUACGCACUCGGACAGAUACAGUGAAAGCAUUGAUUUCUGGCGUAAUGUUUAUGGAAUUGAUAUGUCUGCCAUGUUGCCACUAGCAAAACAGUGUGCAUUUGAGGAGCCAUGCGUGGAGACAAUAACAGGCGAGAAUGUUUUGACAUGGCCACAUGUGGUAAAGCACCUUGACUGCUAUACAAUUUCAAUUCAUGAGCUAGAAACCGUUACAACUAGAUAUAAGUUCAAGUCAAUGAUGAGAGCUCCACUGCAUGGGUUUGCAUUUUGGUUUGAUGUUGAAUUUAGUGGACCUGCUGUAUCUCCUACCAACAACCAUACACCCUCGUCCCAUGUUGACGAUAAUCCCCUAGAUGGUAGUCAGAGGAAGAAACGGGCAAAUCCCAAUGAAGCACUGGUGCUGUCUACUGCACCCGAGGACCCUCCAACACAUUGGCAACAGACGUUGAUAUACUUUUAUGAUCCAAUGGAGGUUGAGCAAGAUCAACUGAUUGAAGGUUCUGUAACACUAUCACAAAGCAAAGAAAAUGCUCGAUUCAUGAAUAUUCACCUUGAAUAUGCCUCGGGUGGCCGGUCCUUUGUGAAAGAGUUGGUAAUGCGGUGAUCAUCUUAAGGACUCUUGUUCUUCAAUAUUGUGCUUCUUGGAGCAGAGCCACUAUGAGUAAUUAUAAGGCCUAUCCUGUCUUUAUUUCAAAUUGAAACUCUGCAUUUCUAAGUGGAUUUCCCUAAUUUUAACCUGAUAUAGUGGCACGAAGACAACUCAUUAGAAUAUAAGCAUAGGUGAGGCAGUUUAGGAAAAUUUGAUGUUGCCCUAUUUGUGCUUUUAACACAUUGUUGAUUUGGUUUUC